AUGUUCAAAAUCCAUCUCGUCACACUUGCUGUUGCCGUCUUUGUGAGCGCCGUGCUGUCUGCGCCGUCGGAUUCGGCCGAUGCGCACGCCGAGAUUCGCAGCUUUGUGAACGAGCUGAAGCAGGACGAUAACAGCUAUAAGUAUCAAUUCGAGACGAGCAAUGGCAUAGCGCAGCAGGAGCAGGGCGUCGGCGGCUACUAUGCCAGCGGCUCAUCGCAGUAUUACACUCCGGAGGGUCAGCUUAUUCAAUUGACGUACACAGCUGAUGAGAAUGGCUUCCAGCCACAGGGCGAGCAUCUGCCGACGCCACAUCCCAUUCCUGAGGCCAUUAUCAAGUCAUUGGAAUGGAAUCGCGAACAUCCCGAGGAGAACGAUGAGGGACAGUACAAUCACGGCCAGGGCGGCGGCAAUGGAUACGGCGAGCAGGCCAAUCAAUUCCUGCAGGCGCCUGCAUCUGGUCUGCCAUACGAGAAGAAGAUUUAA